GAUAAUAUGAACAUCUAGCGUGCACUUAAAGGCACAUUAUUGUCAUCGUACACUUUAUGACAAUAGGUAGAGGUCGGGGUCUGGUUGGACCCAAUCCCAAACCCAAAUAGUACUCAAGUCCAAAAUUAGGACUCAUUCCCAAAUCCAAGCUCGGUUCUACCCGUUGGUUACAGGUUUGGUCAGGUCCAUUGCCACCACUAUAUUUUAGGCUAGGCUAGGCUGACCUGUUCGGGCCGGGUCCAUUGGCCCAUUGCCACCCAUCGUCGUGGCUAGGGGUUUGGGGAAGAAAAUGGAGGGACUGACAGAUUAGUUGGGGUUGCGCUAAAAUAGUGGGCUUUACGGUAAUGUCGCUUGCGUAUCACGGGACCCAUUUAGAAGGGGUUUGUCUUCCUUCUUAUCCUGGCGCCCCAUACUAAUUUCUCCAGUUUUUGUCGGCCUUUUCAUACAUCAUCUCCUCCAUUUUCCCCUUAACCCACUACCUCUUUCUCUCUGUUGAAGACAUGCACCCACCAGUUUCCUUUUAAACCAGGCCCUAUAUGUCUGUCUUGCAAAUUAUGCACACCAAAUUUCCGGCUAAACCAGUCGCUGUUUCUCUCUCUAAGACACAUUUGACAACCCCGCCUAUGCUCUGCUUUAGAGAGCCAUGAAAACUUAACGUCUCCUCUAAAAAAGCAGCAAAAGAGAGAUUGAGAGAUAGAGUUGUAGAGAGAGAAAAUAGAGAAAUAGUUUAGAGAGAGAAAAUAGGGAAGGGUUUAGGGAACAAAAUAGAGAGAGAUCUUUGUUUAGAGGAGAGAGAGAAAAGUUUUGGGUGAUGAUGGACCUAAGCGUGGUUCCCUACAGUCACAACAGCCCAGGCAACUCCUCCACCGGGGGCGGCCCCAAGCCAGAGAAGAACGGUGGCGUCCUCGACCCCCUCGACUCCCCCCUCUCCAAACCCUCCUAUCUCAUCGGCUAUCGCGAGUGCCUCAAGAACCACGCAGCUGCAAUCGGUGGCCAUGCCAACGAUGGCUGCGGCGAGUUCAUGGCGGCAGGGGAAGAAGGCUCCAUUGAAGCCCUCAAAUGCGCGGCCUGUGGCUGCCACCGCAACUUCCACCGCAAGGAAAUUUCCGUAACUCCCCUUCCCUUCUCCUCCCCUUACCUCCACAAUGCAGCCCCAACUUGGGACAAGAAAUUGAAAUUUCCUCCUCCACUUACUAGAUCAAUUGACAAUGAAGGAUUUACGGUUUUUGGGCAAGGAGGAGGGACUAAAAAUGGAACAAAGAGGUAUAGGACAAAGUUUACACAAGAUCAGAAGGAGAAGAUGCAGGCAUUUGCUGAUAAAUUGGGGUGGAGGAUUCAGAAGCAGGAUGAUGUUGCAUUACAACAGUUUUGCAUGGAGGUUGGAGUGAAGAGGCAUGUUCUUAAAGUGUGGAUGCACAAUAAUAAGAACACUCUUGGCAAGAAGGACUCUCUCACUGCCUCUACUUGAGACAUUUUCUCUCUCUAAAUCUCUUCUCCUUCUUCACUCUUUUGAGCAAGAGAGAGAGAUCUUUCUCUCUCUAAAUCUCUUCUACUUCUCUCGUUUGAGCAAGAGAGAGAGAUCUUUCUCUCUCUAAGUCUCUUCUACUUCUUCACUCUUUUGAGAAAGAGAGAGAGAGUGGGAAGCAAUGAUUUUUACUUGCAAGCUUCCACACUCACCUUGAUGUCCUGGAGGAUUAGUCUAAUUAAUUGUUAGAGAGAGAAAGUUGCAGGCAGCAUUGGAGGCUAGGGAGAGAGAGAUAGAGAGAGGGGGGACUGUUCUAAUUGGAGGUUCAUGGCUUAAGCCAUGGCCUAAUCCACUUAACUCUGAUUGUUAUUGUGAUUGCUAUUAACAUAAUGGUUGUUUGUAUGAGUUUAGGGUUUUUCCAAUCGAAUUUGAGACCGGGUUGGAUGUAAACAAAGAUGGAAGGGGUUAAAACUUAAUGGGGCACACUCAAGUUGUUUGUUUAUGGAGUAACGCUUGUUGUGAUGUCCAUGAUGCAACCCUGUCAUCAUAUUAGUGCUAAUGAUCAAUCUCUUUUAGUGGUUAAAAAUUUAAGAUCUUUUGGACUCUAUAUUUGUUUUGGGUUGUUUGUUUUGUAGGAAUUUAGAGGUAACCGAAAUUGUUUUCUUCUACUUAUGCUGAUUCAAAUUGUUUUUGGAUGAAUUGUUGACACAUUGAUCAAUAUUAAGCAUAUUGAUGAACAUUAUUAAAAUUAGUAUAUAGGGUUGGAGUCAAUCUGUCUGGGAUGUGGACCCUUCAAUUUGUAACAUUCUUUUGUGUAUAUUUUGUUUUCUAGGA